AUGAUGCAAAAAUACCAGACAGACACAGGAAUGCAGCUAACAGAGUUGAAAGAUGGCGUCCUGAAAAGGCACCUAUGGCGUUUAGAAAUGAAAGCAUUUGAAGAUACUUUGGUAUUGUUGGACGAUUUUUUGAGCAAAACGGCUUACGUCGCUGGAAAUCAUAUAACCAUAGCAGAUUUUGCUAUUGUUUCAACCCUAGCUACCAUACAAGUGUUUCUUGAUUUUUCAUUUGACAAAUACCCAAGAAUAUCUUCAUGGAUGUCUAAACUAAAGAAAGAAAUCCCAUCUUAUGAAGAAAUCAAUGAAAUUCCUGUUAAGAAACAUAAGGAAUACUUAUUAGCAAAGAGACUUCAAUCUAGCAGUACUUAAGUAUCGAAAUAAUAACAUUGCUGAAUUGGAGUAAUGAGAAUUCUUUGUUAAUAUUCGAAUAUUUGUU